AUGUCACUAAAUGGCUUUGCUCCCAUAUUGCCUGAAUUCCUUGGUGGUUCAGCGGACUUGACUCCUUCUAACAACACCUUCAACGAAUGCAGUGUCAGCAUCAACGACCAGCACGGCUCUACUGAUAUGAACUUCGAAGGCAACUACAUCUCUUACGGUGUACGCGAAUUCGGCAUGUCCGCCAUUAUGAAUGGUCUGACCUUACACGGCGGUCUAUUGCCUUACGGUGCAACCUUCUUGAUGUUCUCUGAGUACGCGCGUAAUGCACUUCGCAUGGCAGCAUUGAUGAAGAUUCAAAGCAUCUUUGUUUACACCCAUGACUCUAUCGGUCUAGGUGAAGAUGGCCCGACUCAUCAAGCCAUUGAGCAAAUCCCAACACUGCGUAUGAUUCCUAAUAUGAGCGUAUGGAGAACCUGUGACGCGGUAGAAACAGCCGUUUCAUGGAGAGCUGCAAUUGAAAAGAAGAAUGGCCCUUCUUGCUUGAUCUAUUCUCGUCAAAACCUAGCACAUCAAACACGUUCUGAUGAGCAAAUCGCCAAUAUCGCCAAGGGUGGUUACAUCCUUAAAGAUUCUGACGGCACACCAGAGGUUAUCGUUAUUGCAACAGGCUCUGAAGUAGACCUAGCGAUGCAAGCAGCGGCAGCUUCCGAGAAGAACGUUCGCGUGGUGUCUAUGCCAUCAACAGAUGCCUUUGAUGCACAAGAUGCGGCUUAUAAAGAAUCUGUACUUCCAGCAGCGGUUACAGCACGUGUUGCAGUUGAAGCAGCAAUACCAGAUGGUUGGUACAAGUACGUUGGCUUGAACGGCAAGGUGAUCGGCAUGACAACCUUCGAAUUAAAACAAGGAAGCAUACACAUAACGAAGAAAUCUGUGCAGAAAUCAAAACGCAUCUGA